GCUGGGAGAGACCCGAGCCCCGCGUUCCCCGCCCGCUUUGUCUCCGAGCGGCCGCGCGCGGGGAGCCCCACGGGCCGAGGCUGCCUCGUCCCCCCCUGAGUCCGCUCCGGGUCGCUCGGGGCCUCCGGGCAGCCAGACGAACGGCCAUGGGCGCACCCUCGCGCGGGGCGCACCCACUGCUGCUGCUGCUGCUGCUGCUGCUCCCCGGGGCCCACGGCUCUGAGGCCGAGCACCGCCUGUUCGAGCGGCUGUUCGAGGACUACAACGAGAUCAUCCGGCCCGUGGCCAACGUGUCGGAUGCCGUCAUCGUCCAGUUCGAGGUGUCCAUGUCCCAGCUGGUGAAGGUGGACGAGGUCAACCAGAUCAUGGAGACCAACCUGUGGCUCAAGCAAAUCUGGAACGACUACAAGCUGAAGUGGGACCCCUCGGACUACGACGGGGCGGAGUUCCUGCGCGUCCCGGCCCAGAAGAUCUGGAAGCCCGACAUCGUGCUCUACAACAACGCCGUGGGCGACUUCCAGGUGGACGACAAGACCAAGGCGCUGCUCAGGUACACGGGCGAGGUGACCUGGAUCCCGCCCGCCAUCUUCAAGAGCUCCUGCAAGAUCGACGUCACCUACUUCCCCUUCGACUACCAGAACUGCACCAUGAAGUUCGGCUCCUGGUCCUACGACAAGGCCAAGAUCGACCUGGUCCUCGUGGGCUCCGCCAUGAACCUCAAGGACUACUGGGAGAGCGGCGAGUGGGCCAUCGUCCGCGCCCCGGGCUACAAGCACGACAUCAAGUACAACUGCUGCGACGAGAUCUACCCCGACAUCACCUACUCGCUGUACAUCCGGCGCCUGCCCCUCUUCUACACCAUCAACCUCAUCAUCCCCUGCCUGCUCAUCUCCUUCCUCACCGUGCUGGUGUUCUACCUGCCGUCCGACUGCGGCGAGAAGGUCACGCUCUGCAUCUCCGUGCUGCUGUCGCUCACCGUCUUCCUGCUGGUGAUCACCGAGACCAUCCCGUCCACCUCGCUCGUCAUCCCGCUCAUCGGCGAGUACCUGCUCUUCACCAUGAUCUUCGUCACGCUGUCCAUCGUCAUCACGGUCUUCGUGCUCAACGUGCACUACCGGACGCCCACCACGCACACCAUGCCCGCCUGGGUGAAGACCGUGUUCCUGCACGUGCUGCCCCGGGUCAUGUUCAUGGCCAGGCCGGCGGCGGGCGGCGAGGGCGGCGAGGGCGGCGAGGGCGGCGGCGGCCCGGGGCCGAGGCCUGCCGACAACGUUGCCGAGCGAGCCAACCUGAACUGCUUCCGCCGCGUGGGGUCCAAGGACGGCAAGGAAGGCGGCCCCUGCCAGGAGGGGCUGUGCGGCGCCGGCCGCCACCACCACCACCACCGCCACCGCUCGGUGAAGGUCUCCAACUUCACCGCCAACCUCACGCGGAGCUCCAGCACCGAUUCCGUCGACGCCGUCCUCUCGCUGUCGGCGCUGUCGCCGGAAAUCAAGGAGGCCAUCCGGAGCGUCAAGUACAUCGCGGAAAACAUGAAGGCGCAGAAUGAAGCCAAAGAGAUUCAAGACGACUGGAAGUACGUGGCCAUGGUGAUCGACCGCAUUUUCCUGUGGGUUUUCAUCCUGGUGUGCAUCCUGGGGACAGCCGGGCUGUUCCUGCAGCCCUUGAUGGCCCGGGACGACCCCUGAGCGCCGCCCUGUGCA